AUGUCAACAAAGUGCACUUACCUUUUCGGUCAAAGGUCUAUAAGUAACUCCAGAGUUAAGCGUGCUUGGUCUGGAGUAGUUGAAAGAUGGGUGACCUCUCGGGAAGUGGUUUCCGAAACCGUGGGUGAGGCCCACGGGCCGAUAUGGACAUGCGAGCCCAGAGAAAGGGCGUGGGUGACUCACCGGGAAAGGCGGUCGGGGCGUUAUACUAGCGAGGAUGAUGCAGCUGUUCUCUACGCUUUCAUAUUACCGCUCGUUGAGCUCACUUACAAGGAAGCUCGACAAGAAAUCACUUUCCCACUUGUGCUCAAGAUGCAGAUGGUCAUGUGUCGCUGCUUCUUACUUAUGUCUUGUUAUGAUGCUUGUAUAUCGCGAUUUCAAGGUAAAAAUAUACGAAACCGUUCAGAUCUUUGA